GGCGGCAGCGGAUUAAACGACGGUACUUGGAAAAGAUGGUGCUUCAGAGACUCGGGGACCCAGGGUGCAGCAAUGUUUCUAUCAGGGAUUUAUCCGAAAUGACAGCUCCUCCUCCGUCGCUGUGUCUACUUGUGCUGGCUUGUCAGGUCUGAUAAGGACACAAAGAAAUGAAUUCCUCAUCUCACCAUUACCUCAGCUGCUGGCCCAGGAACACAACUACAGCUCACCUGCCGGCCACCACCCUCACAUACUGUACAAACGGACCGCUGAGGAGACGGUCCAGCGUUACCAUGGCUACCCGGGCUCCAGCCAGAAUUAUCCGGGUCACACCCCAAGACAUACUCCCCACACGUACCAGAGUCAAGAAACAGAGCAUCACCAUCAAAGGUUGCAAAAGCAGCAUUUUUGUGGACGACGCAAGAAAUGUAUAUGCCCCCAAGCCGCCCACAGAGGACACCUAUCUCAGGUUUGAUGAAUACGGGAGCACAGGGCGGCCCAGAAGAUCAGCUGGAAAGUCACAAAAGGGCCUGAACGUGGAGACCCUCGUGGUAGCAGACAAGAAAAUGGUGGACAAGCACGGCAAGGCCAACGUCACCACGUACAUCCUCACGGUCAUGAACAUGGUUUCCAGCCUAUUUAAAGAUGGGACCAUUGGAAGUGACAUAAACAUCGUGGUGGUGAGCCUCAUUCUUCUGGAACAAGAACCUGGAGGAUUAUCGAUCAACCAUCACGCAGACCAGUCUCUGAACAGCUUUUGUCAGUGGCAGUCUGCCCUCGUUGGGAAGAACGGCAAGAGGCAUGACCAUGCCAUCUUACUCACAGGGUUUGAUAUUUGCUCCUGGAAGAAUGAACCAUGUGACACUCUAGGGUUCGCCCCCAUCAGCGGCAUGUGCAGUAAGUACCGAAGCUGCACCAUCAACGAGGACACAGGGCUUGGCCUGGCCUUCACCAUCGCUCACGAGUCAGGGCACAACUUCGGCAUGAUUCACGACGGAGAAGGCAACCCCUGCAGGAAGGCCGAGGGCAACAUCAUGUCUCCCACGCUGACGGGAAACAACGGGGUGUUUUCAUGGUCUUCGUGCAGCCGGCAGUAUCUCAAGAAAUUCCUCAGUACACCGCAGGCUGGGUGUCUGGUGGAUGAGCCCAAGCAAACAGGACAGUAUAAAUAUCCGGACAAACUUCCAGGACAGAUUUAUGAUGCCGACACACAGUGCAAGUGGCAAUUUGGAGCAAAAGCCAAGUUAUGCAGCCUUGGUUUUGUGAAGGACAUCUGCAAGUCACUUUGGUGCCAUCGAGUGGGCCACAGGUGUGAGACCAAGUUUAUGCCCGCAGCGGAAGGGACCGUUUGUGGCUUGAGUAUGUGGUGUCGGCAAGGCCAGUGUGUGAAGUUCGGGGAGCACGGGCCCCGGCCCGUCCACGGCCAGUGGUCCGCCUGGUCAAAGUGGUCGGAGUGUUCCCGCACUUGCGGUGGAGGAGUCAAGUACCAAGAGAGACACUGCAACAACCCCAAGCCUCAAUACGGUGGCAAGUUCUGUCCGGGUUCUAGCCGAAUUUAUCAGUUGUGCAAUAUUAACCCUUGUCAUGAAAACAGCUUGGAUUUUCGAGCCCAGCAGUGUGCAGAAUAUAACAGCAAACCUUUCCGUGGAUGGUUCUACCAGUGGAAGCCCUACACAAAAGUGGAAGAGGAAGACCGAUGUCGACUGUACUGCAAGGCUGAGAACUUUGAAUUUUUUUUCGCAAUGUCCAGCAAGGUGAAAGACGGAACUCCUUGCUCCCCAAACAAAAAUGAUGUUUGUAUUGAUGGGAUUUGUGAACCAGUGGGAUGUGACCAUGAACUUGGCUCUAAAGCAGUUUCUGAUGCCUGUGGUGUUUGCAAAGGUGAUAAUUCGACUUGCAAGUUUUAUAAAGGCCUGUACCUCAACCAGCAUAAAGCAAACGAGUACUAUCCGGUAGUCACCAUCCCGGCAGGCGCCCGGAGCAUCGAAGUCCAGGAACUGCAGACAUCCUCCAGUUACCUCGCGGUCCGAAACCUCCAUCGAAAGUACUACCUAACCGGGGGCUGGAGCAUCGACUGGCCUGGGGAGUUCCUCUUCGCGGGGACCGUGUUUGAGUACCAGCGCGCCUUUAACCGCCCCGAACGUCUGUACGCACCGGGACCCACUAAUGAGACGCUGGUCUUUGAAGUUCUGAUGCAAGGCAAAAAUCCGGGGAUUGCCUGGAAGUACGCCCUGCCCAGGGCGGUGAACGGGACGCAGCCGGCACCGAAAAGACACGUCCACGCCUGGAGCACAGUGCGGUCCGCGUGCUCCGUCUCCUGCGGCGGAGGUUACAUAAGUGUAAAGGCCAUUUGCUUACGAGAUCAAAAUACUCAAGUCAAUUCCUCAUUCUGCAAUGCAAGAACCAAGCCAGCAACUGAACCCAAAGUAUGCAACGCUUUCUCCUGCCCUGCCUACUGGAAGCCAGGCGAGUGGAGCGUGUGCAGCCGGCCGUGUGCAGGGGGCCAGCAGAGCCGGAAGAUCCAGUGUGUCCAGAAGCAGCCCUUCCAGAAGGAGGCGGCCGUGCUGCACUCCCUCUGCCCGGUGAGCACACCCACCCAAGUGCAAGCCUGCAACAGCCACGCCUGCCCCCCGGAGUGGACCUCCGGGCCCUGGUCCCAGUGUUCCAAGACCUGCGGGCGAGGCGUGCGGAAACGCGCGGUGCUGUGCAGAAGCGCCUCCGCAGCGGAGGGCCUGCCGGACAGCCUGUGCGCAGGCGCCCCCAGGCCGGAGUCGCAGGAGGGCUGUGUCCUGGGCCGGUGCCCGAAGAACAGCCGGCUGCAGUGGGCCGCCUCCUCGUGGAGUGAGUGUUCCACGACCUGUGGUCUGGGCGUGAGGAAGAGGGAGAUGAAGUGCAGCGAGAAGACCUUCCAGGGAAAGCUGAUAACUUUCCCAGAGCGAAGGUGCCGCAACAUUAAGAAGCCAAACCUGGACUUGGAGGAAACCUGCAACCGAGGGGCCUGUCCGGCUCGUUCGGGGUACAGUGUGGCAGCUGGAUGGUACUCAUCGCCAUGGCAACAGUGCACAGUGACCUGUGGAGGAGGGGUCCAGACCCGAUCCGUCCACUGUGUGCAGCAGGGCCGGCCUUCCGCUGGUUGUCUGCUCCGACAGAAACCUCCAGUGAUGCGAGCCUGUAACACUAACUUUUGCCCAGCUCCUGAAAAGAGAGAGGAUCCAGCCUGUGUAGAUUUCUUUGGCUGGUGUCAUCUGGUUCCUCAACACGGUGUCUGCAACCACAAAUUUUAUGGCAAGCAGUGCUGUAAGUCAUGCACGAGGAAAAGCUGACCCCAGCCCACCCCCUGCUGCCCCUCCGGUGCCUGAGGGCCAGGGGCUCACCUUCCAGAUCCGUGGUGGCUG